AUGGGCGGUUCUCGGGUCAUCACGUCCAAAAUAGCCAUUGUUAAGGUGUCUGACCGAUCUGACGCCGACGUUGACUAUACGUUUGCGCAGGCCGGCAUCACGGAAGAUUUGAUCGGGUAUACCGGGAACUGCGGAAACAUCUCCUCGGCCGUAGGACCAUUCGCUGUGUCCGAGGGCCUUGUGAAGGACGUCAGACCCGGCGUGAGCCUCGUCGACGGUCUCGAAACGCAGGAAAUCCGCAUCUUUAACACAGGCACGCAAAAGUCCUCAACGCCCACGUACCCAUCGACCAAGACGGAAAAGUGGUUGAAGCCGGCGAAUUUGCCAUAG